AUGGCGGAUAUUGGUUCUUAUAAAAAACACAAAAGCAAUCAGUCUAAUGUGACAGGCAGUGUAAGAGCGUCGAAAUUGUUUUCGCCCUUCAGAAUUAUUGGUAAUGUAACUAAUGAGGUGCCUUUUGCUGUUGGGACACUUGGAAGCACUUUUUAUGUUGCGACCAGUGUGGGUAAAUGUUUUCAAAUUUAUGAUGCCAGCAAUCUUCAUUUGUUAUUUGUUGCAGAGAAAGAGGUCGAGUCGAAAAUUAGCUGUUUAGCUGCACAUUUCCAUCAUUUAUACGUCGGGUAUGGAUCCAAAGUCGGCGUGUACAAAAGAGGCAGACAGGAGCAUCUAAUUGAACUACCGGAGGAAUCAGAAGGAGGGGGUGACGUCAAGGUGUGCACGAUACGUAUUUUCGGUGAUUUUCUGUGUGUGUCUGCUAGUAACAACACUGUCUAUGUUUUUAAGAAAGCGGCAUCUGAUGAUAAAGUUCCCACGCAGUUCUAUACGAAAUUUACCAUUAAUAAGUUGCAAGGGGGAGAAAUCGUGAGCUUAAUCCACUUGCCAACAUACUUGAAUAAAUUGGUUGUGGUGACUAAGUCGAACUUAUUGUUGUACAAUGUUCGUAGCAGGAAGCUACUGUUUACUUCAGACGAAUUCUCUGUGCAAAUAUCUACAGCAGAACCCGCGCCUGCAUUGGAUAUAUUGGCCCUAGGUUCAAUAUCUGGUGAAGUUUUACUGUUCAAUAUGAAGAAGGGUCGUAUUAUGCGCUCUAUUAAAUUGCUGGUACCAGUCUCUUCCAUAUCUUUCAGAACCGAUGGCUCAGCACACAUAUCUGUCGGUUCAUCAAACGGUGACCUGAUUUUCUACGAUUUAAAUCGCUUUACCAGAAUUCAUAUUCUAAAGGGGAUCCAUAAGGAAGGCGAGGGUGGUGUUGUCAAGGCUUGCUUUUUGAAUGGGCAGCCUAUAGUUGUGACAUCUGGUGGCGACAAUCAACUUAAAGAGUUUGCAUUUGAUCCAUCUCUAUCACAGAGCGAUGGGGAAACUGUUGUACAACCUCCCAGACUGUUGCGUUCUAGGGGUGGACACUCUCAACCACCUUCUUGUAUUAUGUUUGCAGACAAGCAAAGCCAUUUUUUGCUUUCAGCCUCAAAAGACAGGUCCUUGUGGGGGUUUUCUUUGCGUAAGGAUGCCCAAUCUCAAGAACUUUCCCAGAGACAACAUAAGAAUAAAGAUGGAUCGAGAAUAGCGGGGAUUACUAUGAAAGAAAAGCUUCCAGAAAUCAUAACGAUGGCUAUCGAGAAUGCAAGAGAAGGCGAAUGGGAUAAUAUUAUUACCGGAAAUAGAGGUGAGAAGUUUGCCCGAACAUGGAAUUCUAAAACAAAAAGAAUAGGGAGAUGGACCUUGUCCACUUCGGAUGAUGGCUUUGUCAAGAGUGUCGCAAUAUCUCAGUGUGGGAACUUUGGCUUUGUUGGCUCUUCUAAUGGAAGCAUUAAUGUCUAUAAUUUACAGAGUGGUUUAAAACGUAAGAUUUACAAACUUCAUAAUAAGGCUGUCACAGGACUUGGUAUAGACGGGAUGAAUAGAAAGAUGGUGUCUUGUGGUCUCGAUGGCAUAGUUGGAUUUUAUGACUUUAACAGCAAUUCCCUAUUAGGAAAGUUAAAACUUGGUUGCCCAAUUACACAUAUGGUAUACCACAGAUCUUCUGAUUUGUUCGCGGUUGCAUUAGAUGAUUUUUCUAUUUUUAUUAUUGAUUCUCUAACACACAAAGUUGUCAGGCAAUUAUGGGGCCAUUCAAAUAGGAUAACUGCUUUUGAUUUUUCACCAGAUGGCAGAUGGGUUGUUUCUGCAUCAUUAGAUUCUACUAUUAGAACUUGGGACCUACCGACUGGCAGUUGUAUUGAUGGUGUUAAAUUAGAUAGCGUUGCAACAAGCUUGAAGUUUUCCCCAACUGGAGAGUACCUUGCAACUUCACAUGUUUUUGGUAAUGGAAUAUCUAUUUGGACUAACAGAGCACAAUUCAAAGCAAUUUCAACCAGAAUAAUUGAUGAAGAGGAGUUCCACAAACUUUUGUUGCCAAAUGCUUCCCAAGAAGGUGGUGUUUCAAUGUUAGAUGGUGCAUUUGAAGAAGAUGAAUCAGAAGAAGAUCUUACUUUUGGUAAAUAUGAUUCAGUUGAACAAAUCAGUGAUGAUCUUGUAACCUUGUCCUUGGGUCCAAGGAAUAAAAUGGGUACAUUACUUAACUUAGAUGUGAUAAAAAAACGUUCCAAACCAAAGGAGCCGCCAAAGAAGGCUGAAGGUAUUCCUUUUUUCCUACAACUGCAAGGUGAGAAAGUAGGAGAUGAUGCCUCUGGUAGAGAGGGAGUCGAAUAUAAAGAUCCUGCCGCCAUUUUAGCCCAGCAAGAACUUGAGAGAAGAAACCUUGAUGCACAAGAACAGUUACGCAAGUUUAAACCUACAGGUAAUAUAGGGUUUGAAUCUAAGUUCACUAAAAAAUUAAGAGAAAGUGCAGAAUCUCAAGACUAUGAAAUAAUUUUGAAAAUGUUAGUUGCUAUGCCUCCAUCCGCUAUUGAUUUGGAAAUCAGGUCAUUAAAUGCUUUUGAACCAUUUGACGAAAUAGCAUGGUUCAUUGAUGCCUUGGCGCAUGGUUUGCGGACUAAUAAAAACUUUGAGCUUUACGAAGUCUUUAUGUCUUUGUUGAUUAAGAUACACGGUGAUGUAAUAAAUGCUAAUAACAAAGACGACAUGAUAGCUAAUGCAUUAGAAAAUUGGAAUAAAGCUCACAUACAAGUUGAAAGGUUGGAUGACUUAGUUAAAUUCUGUUCAGGUGUUAUAAACUUUGUUACUACUGGCUAA